AUGGAGCAAACGACGUUCGAUUCGCCCUUUGCACAGGAUGACGAGCAGCGCGAUCGUGCUCGCGUCUUUGGCGAGUUCCUGUCAGACGAGUCAUCUCGCACGAAUUAUGCCGACCUUAUCAGACGCAUGCUGCACCAAGAUCAUCGCAGGCUCAUCGUCAACAUCGACGAGCUGCGUUCCUACAAUCGAGACUUGGCCACUGGACUGCUCGAUUCUCCUAAUGAAUUCUUGCCAGCUUUCGACAUCGCACUACGCAACAUGGUCGAUCAGCUUCACGAUCCUCUCAAAGACGACGUGCAGGGCAAGCAGUACUACAUCGGUCUGAGGGGCAGCUUCGGUGAUCAUCACGUCAACCCUAGGACGCUUCGCAGUCAACAUCUCGGCAAGCUGAUGAGUUUAGAGGGAAUCGUUACGAAGUGCUCUCUUGUUCGACCAAAGGUCCUCAAGUCAGUCCACUACUGCGAGGCGACCGGCAAGCAUCACGCGCGCGAAUACCGUGAUGCGACGAUGUACGGCACAUUGCCGCCCUCCAGCGGUGCCUACCCGACAGACGACGGGAAUGGCAACCGAGUGACCACAGAGUAUGGGCACAGCCUGUAUCGCGAUCAUCAGAUGAUCAGUAUUCAAGAGAUGCCUGAACGCGCUCCGCCGGGACAGCUGCCCAGAUCGGUCGAUGUGGUCAUGGACGACGAUCUCGUUGACGUAUGCAAACCCGGUGAUCGCCUUCAGCUCGUUGGCAUGUACCGCAGCCUGGGAAAUCGCGUCGGGCAAAGCACCAGCUCCACUUUCCGCACCCUCAUGAUUGGCAACAAUGUCAACUUGCUCUCCUCCAAAGCGGGCGGUGGCAUCGCUCAGGCUCACAUCACCGACACAGACGUGCGCAACAUCAACAAGGUUGGCAAGCGCAAGAACAUCUUCCAGCUACUGUCCCAGUCUCUAGCGCCCUCGAUUUACGGCCACGACUACAUCAAAAAGGCCAUCCUGCUCCUGCUUUUGGGAGGCGAGGAAAAGAAUCUCACAAACGGCACGCACAUUCGUGGAGACAUCAACAUCCUCAUGGUGGGCGAUCCCUCCACAGCGAAGUCGCAGAUGCUUCGUUUCGUGCUCAACACUGCUCCCUUGGCCAUCGCAACUACCGGUCGAGGCAGUUCAGGCGUUGGUCUGACUGCUGCUGUCACAAGCGACAAGGAGACAGGCGAUCGUCGCCUCGAGGCUGGCGCCAUGGUGCUUGCUGAUAGAGGUGUUGUGUGCAUCGACGAAUUCGAUAAAAUGUCGGAUGUGGAUCGAGUCGCCAUUCACGAAGUCAUGGAACAACAGACUGUGACAAUCGCCAAAGCUGGCAUCCACACCUCGCUCAAUGCGCGAUGCAGCGUAGUCGCCGCAGCCAAUCCGAUUUAUGGCCAGUACGAUGUUCACAAGGACCCACACAAGAACAUCGCCUUGCCGGAUUCGCUGCUCUCGCGUUUCGAUUUGCUGUUCGUCGUGACGGACGAUGUGGACGAGCAAAGAGACAGAAUGAUCAGCGAGCAUGUUCUUCGCAUGCACCGCUACUUGCAGCCUGGAUUGGACGAAGGCCAGCCCGCUGCCGACAGCUUGGAUCAGGUCCUGAAUGUGGGCGCGCCAGACAGCACCGAUGCAGAUGGCGCACUGCUGGUCGGCGAUUCCAACCCGUUCGAGCGCUACAAUCCUUUACUGCACGCCGGUAUCACGGAGAGCGGCAAAGCAAAGAAGAAAGAAGUCUUGUCCAUCGCCUUUGUCAAGAAGUACAUCCAGUAUGCCAAGCAGCGCAUUCACCCCAAGCUUUCUCAACCUGCUGCAGACUGGAUCGUCAACGUGUAUGCUAAUCUGCGAAACGACGAGUUGUCCGGCAAUCAGCGCAAGACCAGCCCGUUGACCGCGCGUACGCUCGAGACGCUCAUUCGUCUUGCCACUGCGCACGCCAAGUCUCGACUGAGUCACAUCGUCGAUGAGCGCGAUGCCGAGGCUGCGGAAGAAAUUUUGCGCUUCGCUCUCUUCAAAGAAGUCAUCAAGCAGAGGCGGAACAACAAGAGACAGAGGACUGGAAGAGGCAGUCGUUCGCCUGCUAGCGAUGAAGAGAGCGAUGAGGAGGAGGAUGACGACGCUACGACUGCCAAGGCGGCGGGCGAGUACUCUGGUACGGGCGCAUAUGCGACUCGUGGAGCAGCACGGGGCACAAAUCAACAAGCUUCGCCUAGCGUGCCUGCCGGUGCCUCUCCGACUGGACGACGUGACGCGAGCGAGCCGCUUGAGGAUGAAGAUGCUAUGCAGGCGAUCCGAGAAGCAGAUCAGAUGGGCCAUGGAGCAGCUCCGCACAUUGUCGCUCCACCCGCAGCGGCUGGUGCACCAGGCUCCGCGUCCGGAGCGGCGCUGAGCGAUUCGAGGUUGGAAAACUUUAGGGAAAGAGUCGCGAUGGCUAUGGCCUCCGGAGGUGCUAUGGCAGAGGAGGAAACCUUUACCCUGGACGACGUGCUGCCCAUCAUCAACCAGGGAUUGCCUGCGGCAGAUCUGUUUAGCAGCAGCGAGGCGCUCUCGGCAGUCCAGCGCAUGCACGAUGAUGGUCAGGUUAUGUUAGACGAAGGCACCAUCUACCGCAUUUGA